AUGAGUGUACUGGCCUAUUUUGUUUUGAAUAAUAGUGGUGAAACUCUACUACAUUGUGCUGGUGAAUCUGGUAAAGUUGAAAUGCUUCAGUUUUGGAUUAGGAGAGGAGAUUAUGAUGUGAAUGUUAAAAAUAAAAAGAAAAGAACUCCUUUGUUUAAUGCUGUUGAGAGCGGUAGUAUUGAAGCUGUUGAUAUUCUAUUAACUAAUGGAGCUAGUGCUGAUGUUGUGGAUACAAAUGAUGAUAGCACUCCAUUACACUGUGCUAGUGAAACUGGUAACAGUAAAAUUAUUAAAUUAUUAAUAACUAAAGGAAAGGCUGAUGUAAAUGCUGUGGAUGAGGUAAAAUUAUUAGUAAUUAUAUCAUAA